AUGGAGUGGGGCAAUUAUUCCAUGUAUGCUGACUUUAUUCUCCUGGGCUUAUUCAGCAAUACCCAUUUUCCCUGGCUUCUCUUUGCCCUCAUCCUUUUGGUCUUUGUCAUCUCUAUAGCCAGCAACACCAUCAUGAUCAUUCUCAUCCAGAUGGACUCCCGCCUCCACACCCCCAUGUACUACUUGCUCAGCCAGCUCUCCCUCAUGGAUAUCCUGUACAUUUCUACCAUUGUGCCAAAGAUGCUGGUUGGCCAGAUGAUGGGCCAGAGGGCCAUAUCCUUUGCAGGAUGCACUGCCCAGCACUUCCUUUACUUGACCUUGGCAGGGGCUCAGUUUUUCCUCCUAGGACUAAUGUCUUAUGACCGCUAUGUAGCCAUCUGCAGCCCGUUGCGCUAUCCUGUCCUCAUGAGCCAAAAGGUCUGCUUGUUGAUUGUGGUGGCAGCCAGGCUGGGAGGGUCCAUAGAUGGCUUUCUGCUCACUCCAGUGACAAUGCAGUUCCCUUUCUGUGCCUCUCGAGAAAUCAACCACUUCUUCUGUGAGGUCCCUGCCCUUCUGAAGCUCUCCUGUACUGACACAUCAACCUAUGAGACAGCCAUGUAUGUCUGCUGCAUCAUGAUGCUCCUUAUCCCUUUAUCUGUCAUCUCAGCCUCUUAUACAAGGAUUCUCAUCACUGUUUAUAGGAUGAGUGAAGCAAAGGGAAGGCGAAAGGCAGUGGCCACUGCUCCUUGCUCUUCACACAUGGUGGUGGUCAGCCUCUUCUAUGGUGCCGCCAUGUACACCUAUGUGCUGCCUCAUUCUUACCAUACCCCUGAGAAGGACAAAGCUGUGUCUGCCUUCUAUACCAUUCUAACUCCCUUGCUCAACCCACUCAUCUAUAGCCUCAGGAACAAAGAUGUUACAGGAGCUCUAAAGAAAGCUCUGGGCAGGUGUUUGUCCUCAGGAACUGUAUCCACAUUUUAA